UCUCCGUAUUCGCUCUCGCAUUUCGUUUCUGCAGUCGUAAAAGCCGCCGUGGAUGAUUUGUUUUUGUUUUGUAAUCGGUCGGUUUUAAUAUUUUGAUUGCUGAUUAUCGCUCCCUUGCAAUACGAAUUUGGUUUGUGAUUAGUGGAUUGUGUGACCCCGUCAGUGAAUUAUACAAGUGUGUGCGACGAUGGCGGUAACUUCGACCGAUAGUUUCGGCUUCAAUGAGCUGAAGCUGUUUGAGGUAGCUCGCGAUUGCCUUCCGGACGAUCGGAAGAAAACGCAAAAUUUGCUGGAAACCAAGGAUGAUAUGUUGUUUGUGUGGAAUCAGAAAAAUUGUAGCGUACUGGUGCUGAACUGGAGGGCAGCUAAUAUUAAACGGGACGAGCAGGCCAAGUAUCAGACGCUAAUUCCAUCGGCACCGCAAAACUUUACCGUCGAGAAGAUUCUGCCAUCGACGGAGUCCACCUUCCUGGCGCUGAAUGGGUCGCGAGGACUUUCGAUCCUGGAGCUGCCCCGCCGCUGGGGACCCAACGGACAGUACCAGAACGGGAAGGAGUGUAUCAUUUGUCGUUCCUACAACCUGGACGAACAUCUCUUCAUCGAAAACGCAAAUCUCGAAAUCCUGCAAAUCCGCUGGCAUCCGGCAUCGCCAACAGAUUCCCACAUCCUGGUGCUUUUGUCGGACAACUCGAUUCGCGUCUACGACGUCGACUCGUUUCGCCAUGUGUGGCGUGUUGGCCCUUCGCCUUCGCUGAUCAACGGUGGCAUUAGCAAACUAGCAACCCCAUCAUCCGCGACCGGUGCUGGAAGCGUCUCGUCGUCCUCCGCAAAACUGGCCUAUCUAAGCAGCCUCGGUGAUACGGCCGUUGAUUUUGACAUCGCUCCGCCACGUGUGGUUUCGGCCAGCGCCAACGCCAACGACACCCUAUCGCUCGCCGUGACGACCGGCAUGAUGAGAGAUAAUUUCACCAUUUCUUCGGCCAGCCAGCCAGCCAGCGGUAGCCAGAUGAGUGAAUCAUUCAUAAAAUCCCAGAAACCUGAUAGCGGCCGGGUCGAAUGGCCGAUCGUAAUACUGCGGGGUGAUGGAAACGUGUACAUUCUCUGUGCCGGCAUAGACACAGAUCGACCCAAACUACAGGGUCCAAUCUCGAUUCUGCCCCAAGUGGACGACAACUACGGACUGGAUUCGUGCUCGCUAGUCGUGAUCCCAUCACUACCACCGACGGUUAUAAUCGCGGAAAGUACCGGUAAAACCCAUCACGCUCUGCUACUGGAAGAGGAAUAUCCGACCGAGCGAUCGUUUACUGAGUUGGAUUCCAGCUUAGUUAUCUAUCCGUCCGAGUGGUACCUGCAGGUGUUGGAAACUGUCGAGCUCGAACUGGGCCUAACCGGUGUGGACGAAGCAAAGACCUAUUCCUGUCCGAUAUACUUAAAACGGGAUUUGCUCAAUGAAUCCCGCUAUUUCGCAUAUCACAACGCCGGACUUCAUGCGAUUACGUUGGAUUUUACCCGACAGCUCAGACAAUUUGCGGAAAAUGACGAAGAUCUGAGCGAAAGGUACCCACUGUUCAAUUCACAAAGUCGCGCAGAAUAUUUGGUUUGUACAAAAGCCCUCCAGACGAUGAACACGAAUGCAGUGCUCGGUUUUGCUCUACUUCAAUCCCCGGCAGGAAUUCUUCUGUUCCUAGCUUCCGGGCAGGUUGUCACGAUGGACCUUAUCAGUGACCAUUGCUUGAUUCGCGACUGGAAGGUAAAAUCCAGUGGAAAGCCAAAUUCAGCCACAGACUCUCCGAUGAAAAAGUUGCUCAAGGAUUCCUUCCAAGAUCGCAUCCAAAUGAUACUGAAAACUGGAACCACUCAACCAAUUCUGAAGCUGGAUCAAUCCUCGGAACCGACGGCGCAGGAAUCGUUUGAAUUGCUAACUCAGGCGACUCGAAUGCUGCGAGAGCACUACUUUGUCAGGCACGAUAAGGCCCGCCAGGAAAUUGAAAAGCGAGUCCACGUGCUACGGCUGCUGAAGGUGCAACAGCUGAACGAGAUUGCCCAGUUGCAACAGGAGAAGCAGCAAAUUCGUGAAACCGCGGAACGACUGGCCGAAAACUACGAAGAUAUUUGCGAUAAGCAGAGUGCUCUGUUCAAACGAGCACAAGAGGUAGUUCGUCUGGCAACGCUGCGCCUUCCGAAAGGAUCAUUCUCGGAGAAAAAGUACGCGGAAAUGAUUGAAAAAAUUGCCAGUGCAACGAAGCAGCUGCAGAAAAAUGUCGAUCAAGGAAAACAGAAGAUUGCCGCUCAACAGGUGCAGGUGGAACAGAACCAAAAACUGAUCAACGAACGUGCUGUUUCACUGCCCAGCAAACAGGAGGAAAUUAUUAAGCAGAUAAUUGGUGAAAUGUAUACACAAAUUGAAGGUUUCGUUAAGGAUGUGAAGAAAAUCAAUAAUAUACUUAACCUGUCAUAAAUGUACAAAAGGUACAGUGAAUCUUUCGCGCAUUGUUGGUACCUACUUUUAUUUUACAGUAUCUAAUCACCCUUUGCGUUAGUGUUUAGCGUUACGCUCCUAGCUGUUACAUUUGUGAGCAAUCUACCAUUCGAAGUUUUAAGCAUUUCAACAAAUAAAACUAUUCUUUGACUAGGGU